AUGUCUUGUGACCAGAACGAAAGUGUCAUCAAGAAAAUAAUUCGUGAAGUCGGGCAAGAAUGCGCUGCCCAGGGACAAACUGUUUCUGAAACCUUGGUGGCGUUCGUGGUGAAAGCUGUUGUUUUAGAUCCAAGAAAUGACUUUAAUGUGGAUCGAAUCCUGGCAAAAAAUGAUGUGCAAAAUCUUAUCCAGCUCUGUGUUACCAAGCUGCUUGACACAACAAACCCAUCCCUGAGCACAAUUAAGAUGCAAGUGUACUUUGAUAUGAACUAUGCAAACCGAGUUGAAUUACUCAGUGAGCAGCAUCGUAUUCUGGAGGCAAGGCUGGCUCCUGUGAUCAGAGAUAUCACAGAUAGUCGGCCUCAUGUGCAAGAAGAAAUGGAGAAUGUGUAUCGCAAGAUUGUUAGCUAUGUGCUGCUGAGCUCUGGCCUGGGAUCCCCAACAGAUAUUGAGGUUGUCAGGGAGGUAACAGCUGCCCUGCAGAGUGUGUUCCCCCAGACAGAAAUGGUGACUUUCAUCUCACUCAGUAAGAAGAACAAAGAGCAACAGCUGAGAAAUCUUGCCAUGCUAGUCACAGGGAUUCGGUUGUACAACAAGGAAUGCGGGAACGGAGGAAGCAGCAUUGAUGACUUGCCAGCCAUUCUGAAUGAAGCCAUUCCGUCAGCUACACGGGCUGUGGAUGGAGGUCUCAAUACUUGCCGUGUGCUAGCCCACCAGUACACAGCGCUGUUGGAGUCCACACAGGAAGACCUGCAGAGACGUGCACAGCUUAGUUCUUUUCAAUUGAAAGAAGCGUUGUUCAAUGUGAAACAAUAUGAGGCCUUCCUUUGCAUCCUUCUGUCUGAUGCAAUUACAAGUGCUCAAGAAGUUGAAAAGAUGAAUGUGCAGUUUGCAGCAACAAUGGAGCAGUUGAAAAACACAGUGCAGAAUAAGACUUCCAUAGAUACCAAAGAAGUUUUU